UGGUGGUCCUUCGAUCCAUUCGAUCCCUAUCGUCGUCGGGCGAUGCUGCGGCGGACUCCUGUUCCGGCGAUCUCUUCCUCUUCGUAUUCGUGUUUCUCCUCUUCUCUCAAUCUCCUUCUCCGAAGCCCUACUCGGUGCAGGGUUCCUCGAAGAGCCCUCUGCUGCUGCAAUCAAUCUACCGGGCCGGAAUCGCCGCCUCCGCCGGUUGUGAUCCGAGCCAACCAUGCGGGGUUGAGGCUGGAGGAAAAGGUCGAGGUCGGGUUGCAGAAGACGAGGAUUGAUUCGUGGAUUUCCUCCCGGAUUCGUGGCGUCAGCCGAGCUCGGAUCCAAUCCAGCAUCAAGUCUGGCCUCGUUUCCGUCAAUGGUCGAACCGUUAAUAAGGCUUCCCAUGUUGUUAAAGGAGGGGACAUGGUUUACUGCAUGGUUUCUAAGUUGCAGCCUUUGAGGGCUGAGCCAGAAGAUAUACCUUUGGAUAUUGUAUACGAAGAUGAGCAUGUUCUAGUCGUGAACAAACCUGCACAUAUGGUUGUUCAUCCUGCACCUGGAAAUCUGAAUGGCACAUUGGUGAAUGCCAUUCUCCACCAUUGUAGGCUUCCAACCAUGGCAUGUGUAAAAAGUAACCAAGCAUCUGAAGCUGAUGAAUAUUCCGACUCUGACAGUGAAAUCGAAGACCUUUGUACCGAGCAGUAUACAGCUGAAGGAAUAGAUCUAGAAAAUUGUGAUGCUUUGAUUAGACCUGGUAUUGUGCACAGAUUGGACAAAGGGACAAGUGGCCUUCUUGUUGUAGCCAAGGAUGACCAUUCACAUUCCCACCUAGCUGAACAGUUCAAACAACAUACCAUCCACAGAGUGUACAUCAGUCUUACUUCUGGCAUCCCUAACCCAAGUUCUGGAAGAAUAGAGGUGCCAAUAGCACGCGAUUCUAAUAACAGGAUCCGAAUGGCUGCUGUGUCUGGUUUAAACAACAGUAGGCAUGCACGCUAUGCUGCUAGUAGGUACAAAGUAAUUGAGGAUUUUGCUCGUGGGGGAGCUGCAAUGGUGCAAUGGAGAUUGGAAACUGGACGCACACAUCAGAUCCGCGCACAUGCAAAGUACCUUGGGAUUCCCUUAUUAGGCGAUGAAGUUUAUGGAGGCACAAAAAGCAUGGCGUUGUCGCUUCUUCGACCAAGAAUACCAUCUUCUCUCCAUGGUCACCUCACAAACAUUUUGUCGAAGUUAGAGAGGCCGUGCCUCCAUGCUUUCUCACUAGGAUUUAAGCAUCCUCACACAGGUGAAUUCCUACGGUUUUCAUGCCCUCCACCUGAAGAUUUUUCUGAGAUCUGGUGGAAGCACUGAAAUGCGAGAAUAUCACGUUGAAUUGUGUUCAUCAACAGCAAUUUGAAGCUGAUGAACGGGAAGAUCUGCUAGCAAUCUUUGUGAGACAAAAAGGAGAAAAAGAUAGCUGGAGUUUUGGUAGUUGCAGAACACCAGCACUAGGAUCGUCUUCCUUUUUUUCUUCCUCUCCUCUAAUUGGCGUUUGCACUGGUCGGAACUCAAACUAUUUUAUUCUGUGCCAUAAAUAAACUAAGAUGAUGACAGGAUGUACGAAAUUCUUGAGUUUUCCUGGGGAGAGCACAUACUUAUCCUUCGUCUGUCAUGA